AUGGUGGAAACAUUAGCAAAUUCUGAGUUUUCUUUAAGUAUUGAAGAUAGUAGAACAAAGGAAGUUGAUAUUAAAAAAGAAACUACAGCAAAUGCUAAGUCUGGCGGGAGCAAUACUCAGGAAAAUAAGUCAGAAAAUAGUUCUAACCUUGAAGAUCAAAAUAAAAAUGACAUAGGUAACGAUUUAGCCUCUGAGUUUGUUAAUUCUGCUGAAUAUCAAUUAUUAAAACAAGAAAUGUUAAAACAAAAGGUUCUCUGCAAUUUAAAAGAAUCCACUGGGAUCUUACAAAAUGCUUCAGCGAUUGAUGUUAAUGGAAAACUUCCAAAGAUAAACUGGGAUGAUAUUUAUAACAUGUCUGCCAAUGUUAUGGAGAUAUAUACUAAAGAAGUUGACGAAUUAUUAGGAGAAAUGGAUAAACUAUUUAAACAGCAAUUUAUUUGGCAAGAAGCUGCAUUUACCACAGAUUCUCAUAGGGGUGCAAAAAGGAUGUCGCAGGUUGAAAAAUGGAUUUGUGACAAGGAAAAUUAUAUCGAAUAUAUUGAGUACGAAUUUAAGGAAUCUGCUGCCACCAUUAAAAAUGUAAUUGAAAGUCUAUCCAAAUAA